AUGUUAAAGACUCAAAAUUAUUUCCAUGAAUUUCUUGAGAAUGGAGGCUUUCUCUGCCUGCAAGAACUGUGCGUUCUUCCUAAUGCCAAAGAAAUUGACAAGUAUUGGGCCCUUCGUGUUCUCUCCUGCGUCGCCGGUGGUGGAACUGGAUUUAAGGAGACGAUAUGCGAAUGCUAUGGAAUCCGAUCUGUAGCCCAAUGCUUGGCGACCUCACGUUCUGAACAAACUCAGGCUGUUGCACGUGAUUUACUAGAACAGCUGGCUGAAGGGAACCCUCGUUUCAGGGAUCAGGUCUAUAAGGCCCUAAUUGCUGUCCUCCUCUGUGACUCACCCAAAGCCCAACAGUUUGCUCUGCAAUCUAUUCGCAUUCUCCAGCCUAUUGCAGUACCAGCUGCUUAA